AUGUCAACACCCGUAAACCGGAGGAAGGUGAAACCGAACGACGACAAUGAGAUGCCAGCUAUUGGGCUGGGGACCUACCUUUCGCCGCCCAGCGAAGUCACCAAUGCAGUGGCUGCGGGGUGGAAAUGUGGAAUGCGCCACUUUGAUUGCGCUCAGUUCUACAAGAACGAGUCAGAAGUUGGCGAGGCCCUCCAAAUGCUUAGCAGUGAACCUAUAUAUUGCCGUGAAGACCUAUUGAUUACCAGAAACGUUUGGAACUCGCAUCAUCGACCUGAGAACGUUGUCAAAGCUCUCAAUCAAACGCUCAAGGAUCUGCAAACGGACUACGUUGACCUUUAUCUCGUCUGUUGUUUGACAUUCCUAUUCCCGAAUAUUGCUGAUACUGCCAUCUAG